AUGUGGAAAAAUUCAAAUAAAAGUCAAUUAAGAGAUUAUGAUUGGACAUUGCAACAUAUUUUGGGUUCGAGUUCUCUUGCCAGUUUUCAAGAUAAUCUUGUUAUAUUGACACUACAUCUUUCGGAAGAAGGAAAUGAAUUCUCUAAAGAACCCAUGAUUAAAAAAAAAAUAUCUGUGGAACUUGAUGACAAUGAUCUUUCAAAUAAUUCACUAAUUCCGAUAUUUAAACAAGAUGGAGGUGAAAGAGAAUUGUAUGAGAAAAUACAAAAACAUGUUCCAGUAAAUAUAAGUGAAACUGAUUCCUUUCCCCAACAUGUUUGCCACGAGUGUGCCAACACUAUAGUAGCAUGGGAUUCCUUAUAUGUUCUUUCGUUGAAAACAGAUGAAAAAUUAAAAUCUUUGAUAAUUUCAGAAUGUAAAAACGAUUGUUGUGACGACAGUGACGAUGAUGAGUAUUUAAUGCCAUUGAAAAAGAGAAAGCCGAUAAUGGAAACGACAGAAAAUUUAAAAGAUGAUAAUCAUCUCCCAAUAGAAAAACCCUUAAUGACAAAUGAUAUGAUAAGAGAAAAAAACAAUUUGGAAAUUAUGAAAAAUUUGAUUGUGUCAAAUGAAGAAGAGAACAAAAUAAAAAAUCCUCCCGGUGAUUUAAGAAUCGAGACUACGGAUAGAGAUGAGAAAAUGGAGGAUGACAUUUUUAUAAAAAAGGUAAAUGAUGAUGUUAAAAAUGAUUAUGAAUGUCAUCAUUGUAAUAAAUUAUUCAAAGAUGAAAAAUGUUUGUGUAGUCACAUAAAAAAAUUACAUAAUUUGAAAAAUAAAAAAAUAAAAAUAAAAACAGAAUCCUUUCAUCAUUGUGACGUUUGUAAUAACAGGUACAGAACUAGAGGGAAUUUGGAUAAGCAUUAUUUGAAAGAACAUUUGACGAAUCAGGUACACUGUCCGGAAUGUUCAAGACCAUACAAUUCGAAAAAAUUAGAUAUUCAUUUAAAAACGGCACACGGAUUCAAAACGGAUGAUGAUGAUGAUGAUGAUGAUUCGAACAAAUACAAAUGUAAAUUAUGCGAUAAACGUUUUAAAAAUAAAUACGUGAGAAAUACUCACAUGAAAGAAAUACAUUUGAGGGAAUCGAUUAAAUGUAAAUUAUGCGAUUUCGAAGGUGGUCGAACGGUUUUGAGACGUCACAAGAGAGACGUUCACACGGAAAAAAGAUUUCUAUGCUCUCUCUGUUUGUCCGCGUUCAAAACUCUACACACGUUGAAAAUGCACAUGACGUCACAUUCUGACGUAAGAUGUUACACUUGCGACGUGUGCGGUAUGGGUUUUAAAAGAUUGAACAACGUUCGCGAUCACAUGAAGUGUCACGAAGAAAAAAGCAAUCAGUGUCAGAUAUGCGGUAAUUUUUUCGCGAGGAAACGAUAUCUCGCUCUGCACGAGAAAACGAUACAUAAUUUUUACGCGGAUGGGAUAGUGCCCGAAGAAAAAGGUUUCGAAUGCGAAAUAUGCGGCGCGAAAUUAAAAUGGAAAAAAAAUUUACUCACUCAUAUGAGGAUACACACGGGUGAAAAGCCGUAUUCUUGUAAAAUAUGCAAUAAAAAUUUCACAUGUCACGCUUCACUUAAAUCUCACAUGGGUAAACACAGCGUUUGCAUAAAUGGAAAUGAUAACGUCAUCAUUUCCCAAUCAUCCGUCGCAAAUGACGUCAGAAAUUUGAUGACGACGCCGACGACGACGACGACGAUGAUGAUGAUGGUACCUGGAAUGAGUAACGAUAAUGUUAAAUUAUAA